CAGCUUUACUUCACUUUCAGCCCGACAGCUCGCCAACUUCAUUUUCAAUCUGAAAAUACGAAGAAGAAGAAGAAGAAGAAGAAGCCGUUCGCCCUAGAGCAACAACCUACUCAUAAACGGCUCUUCAUCAAAAACAUCACCACCAUGGCGCCAUCCACAACCGCCCCAAAGGCCCCCCUCAAAUCAACCCUCCCCCCGCUCCUCCUCGGCACCGCCACCUUCAACACGCAAUACGUCCCCGACCCUCACUCGCUCCCCUACCGCUCCAUCGUCGCGCGCGCCCUCUCCCUGGGCGUGCGUGGUUUCGACACCUCGCCUUACUACGGCCCCUCUGAGAUUCUCCUCGGCGACGCCCUCCACACUCUAUUCACCUCUGAGACGAACCCGCUUCCGCGCGAGGACGUCUUCAUCGUCACCAAAGCCGGCCGCAUCGCCGGCGACGAAUUCGACUACUCCCCCUCUUGGGUGCGCUACAGCAUUUACCGGAGCUUGCAAAGGCUGCACACGGACUAUCUCGAUUUGGUGUACAUGCAUGACGUCGAGUUCGUUUCCCCUGCCGAAGUGUUGGGCGCGGUCCAGGAGUUGAGGCGGUUGCGGGAUGAGGAAGGGUUGAUUAGACAUGUGGGGAUAAGUGGGUUCCCCGUCAAGGUCCUGGCGGAGCUGGCGGAGAUGAUUCUCAAGGAAACGGGAGAGCCGUUGGAUGCGGUCUUGAGUUAUGGGCAUUUUACGGUGCAGAAUCGGCUGUUGAGUGUUGAGGAGUACGUUUCUGAUGAUAAGAAGAGGGAGCAAAAGGAGGAGGAGGAGGAGGAGGAGGAAAGCAGUGUGUUGAAGAGGUUCAAGAAGGCGGGGGUGGAGGUCAUUCUCAAUGCGUCCAUGUUGGGCAUGGGGUUGUUGACGCAAAAGGGAAUCCCGCCUAACCCGGAAUCGAAGGAGAGCCCGUUGGUCAAGUGGCAUCCGUCGCCGCCAGAGUUGAGGAUUGCAUGCAAGAAGCUGGGCGAGCUGGCGGCGGCUAAGGGCGAGAGGCUGGAGAGUGUGGCGAUCCGUUGGGCGCUGGAGGAGUGGGCGAGGGUGGGCGCGGAGGCGGAGGUUGGUGUUGAUGCUGAACCUGGGUCCCCGUUGAAGGUGGGCGCAACGGUGUGCGGUGUCUCAUCCAUUCCCGAGUUGGAGGAGACAGUCACCGAGUGGAAUGACGUGUUGGAAGGAUUGAAAAAGGUGGCGGCUGCUGAUGGAAAGGCAGACGGUCGCGUAUACGGAACAGAGCGCCAGGAGAAGAUCCUGAAGUUGGUGGAGGAUGAGAUGUGGCCAGCCUUGGGUAAAUGGAUUGACUUUGCCUGGGCCAGCCCAGGAGAUGGCUAUGUCAAUACCAGGCGGCCCGAAGAUAAGGGUAGGGUUCCCAAUGAUGGCGUAAUAGCUGCGCAUGAGGAGAGGAUCAAGCACAAGCAGUAACCGUUGUGUCUGGAUGUAAAUGUGGUGCAAAAAAAGAGGGUAGGUGAGUGGCAUGUCAUCAAUAGAUGAGCUACAAGCUGGUUUCUCUCCCGCACUCGGACUUUUUCAGACUAGAUUCAGGCGUAGUUACUCGAGCAAUCCGUAGCAUGCUGUAGAACGCAAGCGAAUACAAGAUCUAUAAGUCCACAUGCGACAGCGAGAUAUAUGCACAGUCAGCCUCCGAAGCUCUUGAGUGAUGCAGAUCUGACAUGCGCAAGAUGGGAGUUAGCCAUGUGAGGCGCUUAAGCAACAAACGAACUGUGAAAUCUGCGGAAUUGGGCUUCCGACUGCACAGUGGAAAAUGUCCUACUACCGGCAGGGAACUCAAGGGCAAUAU